UAAUGCCUGAAGGUCAUGGGCUGCUAUAUAAGCUGGAUGCCAGGUGUCCACACUGACACACAAAUACACACCAUGCUAACACGCUUGGCGUUUUUUAUGCUCGUAGCAGCUUAUGCCUAUGGAUGUGGCACUCCUGAGAUUGAGCCGCUUCCGGGCAGAGUCGUGAACGGAGAAGAAGCCAGGCCUCACAGCUGGCCCUGGCAGAUCUCACUCCAGUAUAAACAUGGCAGCCGCUGGUAUCAUACCUGUGGCGGGACUCUAAUAGCUCCACGCUGGGUUCUGACAGCUGGACAUUGUAUCUUCCCAGGUGAUAUUUAUCGCAUUGUCCUGGGAAAGCAUGAUCUCAGCGUGCAGGAGGACGGAGAGCAGAUCCGAGACAUCCUCCGCAUCGUCGUCCAUCCGAAAUGGAACAUCGAAUGUGUGGCUUGCGGUAAUGACAUUGCUCUGUUGAAGAUGGAUAAAGCUCCUCUUCUCAGUCCGAGUGUUCAGACAGCCUGCAUUCCUCCUGCUGGAGAAAUCCUGCCCCAUGACACUCCCUGCUAUAUCUCUGGUUGGGGUGAUCUCUACACCCAUGGCCCUAUACCUGAUAAGCUGCAACAGGCUAUGUUGCCGGUGGUGGAGUACAGUGUGUGUAGUCAGAGCGACUGGUGGGGUAAAAAUGUGAAAACGACGAUGGUGUGUGCAGGAGGAGACAUUCGUGCUAGCUGCAGUGGAGACUCUGGAGGCCCUCUGAACUGUAAGGGGAAAGAUGGUAAAUGGUAUGUUCAGGGCGUCACCAGUUUCGUGUGGGCCACCAACUGUAACGAACUGAAGAAACCUACGGUGUUCACGCGCACAUCUGCCUUCAACGACUGGCUGGAUGAGGUCAUGCUUAAAUACUGAGGUUAUCACGGAUCACUGGACGCCCAGCCAGAAUAUCAAACAGAUCCCGUUCAGUGUGUGCACAAACCCUUUAAUAAACACAUGAUUCUGUGCUGCA